AUGAGCCAAGAGCCUUCCCCCGGGGGAGAGGCUGCCAGUCGUCCACAGGGAUCCGUGUCCGUGCGGGAGAAGGACGGCAGGAUGUGGUCGCUGCUGCUGCUGGCGGCUCUGCUGCGCCCCUGCACCGCCGCCGGAGCCGGAGAAUCGUUCUCUCAGCAAUGUGACUCAUCCACGGAUGGCACCAUUUACAAAUACAAGGCAAGGACCCUGAACGGCAGUCGCACCGUGAACUUCAGCGACUACGCAGGGAAGAGCGUCCUGUUUGUCAACGUGGCUACAUACUGAGGGUACACCUUCCAGUAUGUGGAACUGAAUGCACUACAUGAGGAGAUGAAAGCCCUCGGCCUCACGGUUCUUGGCUUCCCCUGCAACCAGUUCGGGAAACAGGAACCGGGACAAAACCAGGAGAUCCUGCCGGGUUUGAAACAUGUCAGACCGGGCAAUGGAUUUGUUCCAAACUUCCUGCUGUUUGAGAAAGGAGAUGUGAACGGACAGGACGAGCAGGAGGUCUUCACUUUCCUGAAGAGCUCCUGCCCCCCAGCGGGGAGCAGCUUUGGCGGCCAGGCCGGCAGACUGUUCUGGGAGCCUCUGAAGACCAGCGACAUCAAGUGGAACUUCGAGAAGUUCCUGGUGGGACCGGACGGGAAGCCGGUGAGGAGGUGGCACCCCUGCGUCGACGUCUCCGAGGUCCGGGCCGACAUCCGGAAAUACCUGCUGCAGCUCUACACGCAGGAUGUUUUUAACUAGAUCCUCUUCCUAAGCGACACGCUGUAGUAGAAGAUAAUUAGAGCUAGAAGAGUCGGUGUGGGGCGACAGUUUCCGACACCCGAAGAUGGCAUGCUGAAUGAAGAGGGGGCUUGAAAACAGAAACCCUGUGGUGCCUCUUUGGAAGGGUGGGCGUCAGGCCGGCCGUUCAGUGCAUUCCGGCUGGCCUGCCGACCCACCGCACCAUGCCAUCUUCCCACCCCGGUGACCUGUCAGCCGUCACCGCCUCCGUGUUAACGACUUUCAAUAAAUCAUGGCAAACACAA